ACUCUUUCAAGCAAUCGUUUUUUACAAUCAUGGCGUUCUCCCAUACCCAUCUGAUCACUUCGUUUCUUCUUGUCUUCAUUCCUUUUGUAGCUUCAAUCACCCUUAAUUUUACAAAUAUCAAUACUCCAAAUAGUGACAUAGUUCUAGAAGGUAAUGGAUCAUCUUACAUCUCCAACGAGGGAAUCCAAGUGACGACAAAUGAGAUUGGUUCUGAUCGGAGCCAGAAAGCUGGACGUGCGAAAUAUAUCAAGCAACUACAUCUUUGGGACAGCCAAUCUGGUGAGCUAGCAAGCUUCUCUACCAAUUUCACGUUUGUGAUUGACUCAAACAGGGAGACAAACUAUGGUGAUGGUCUCACAUUCUUCCUUGCACAAGAUAACUCUGUGAUAACUGCAGGGGGAGCCAUGGGGCUUCCAGUCAAUGUCACAACCAACACCACAACCAAUGUCACAACCACUAUGGCGAUUAGCCAGUUUGUUGCGGUGGAGUUCGAUACAUAUCCUAAUUACGAUUGGGAUCCAAGAAGAGUAUGGGAUUCAGUAACCCGUAGGAAUGCUUCUGUAAAUGAACAUGUGGGUAUCAGCAUUAACUCUCUUACUUCUGUGAAAUUUAAGAAAUGGUACAGCAAUAUAACAGGAGGGAGAGAGUGUCAAGCUUGGAUUACAUAUGAUUCAGUUUCUAAUAACCUUAGUGUUUCCUUCACUGGCUAUCAAAACAAUACUGUCGUGCGUCAAGAUGGACUAGUUUACACAGUUGAUCUCAGGAAGGAAUUACCCGAAUGGGUUAUAUUUGGGUUUUCCGCAUCAACAGGUGAUUCAUUUCAAAAGAACAACGUGAAAUCUUGGACUUUCGAUAGUUCGGAUUUAGAGAUUAAUGAAAACAAGAAAACCAAGGUGGGAUUAAUAGUUGGGUUAUCGGUCACAAUUGUUUUUCUUUCUAUGCUAGUCUUUGUUUUGUGGAGGAGGCAGAAGAAUAAGGUUAGGGAACAUGAAGCAGGAGAAGAUGCAUUUGAUGUUGAGAUGAACAACGAGUUUGAAAUGGGCACGGGGCCUAAAAGAUUUUCAUACCAUGAAUUGUCUCAUUCGACUUGUAACUUUGCAGAAACGGAGAAGCUUGGAGAGGGAGGUUUCGGUGGAGUUUACAAAGCUUUCUUGAAGGACUCGGGCAUGUAUAUUGCAGUGAAAAGGGUUUCGAAGAGUUCCAAACAAGGUAUAAAGGAGUACGCAUCAGAGGUGAGGAUCAUUAGCCGAUUAAGGCAUAGAAAUUUGGUGCAACUUAUUGGGUGGUGUCACCAAAAAGGCGAAUUCCUGCUUGUUUACGAAUAUAUGGAAAACGGAAGCCUAGAUUCACAUCUUUUCAAACAUACUAGCUUAUUGACAUGGACAACAAGGUAUAAAAUUGUGCAUGAUCUGGCAUCUGCUUUGUUGUAUCUACAUGAAGAAUGGGAGCAAUGUGUUUUGCAUAGAGAUAUAAAAUCAAGUAAUGUGAUGUUGGAUUCGGGUUUCAAUGCGAAGCUUGGUGAUUUCGGGCUAGCUAAGUUGGUUGACCAUGAAAAAGGCUCACAAACAACAAUGUUGGCUGGAACCUUGGGUUAUAUGGCUCCUGAAUGUGUAAUCACAGGUAAAGCAACCAAGGAAUCAGAUGUUUUUAGCUUCGGAGUUGUUGCAUUAGAAAUAGCAUGUGGGCGAAAACCCAUUGAGUACAAAGCUCAAGAAAAACAAGUGCGUUUAAUACAAUGGGUUUGGGAGCUUUACGGGAGUGGGACUCUUUUAGAAGCAGCUGAUCCGAGUCUAGGUUCGGAAUAUGAUGAAGAAGAAAUCCAGCGUUUGAUGAUUGUUGGGUUAUGGUGUGCACACCCAGAUUCCGAAUUUCGCCCAUCAAUGAGACAAGCCAUUAAAGUACUGAACUCUGAAGCUUCCCUGCCAUUACUACCUUCAAAGAUGCCAGUGGCAUCUUACAUGACACCUCCAAUGUCGUCAUUAUUUGAUAUCUCCUCCAUUGCCCAUUACCAAUCUUCAGUUAGCACCUCUAACACCGAAUCAUCAAUGCAAACCACAUCAUCCACAAAUUCUUCUUCUUCCCCAUCUAUAUCACUCUUACAUUCAAUGAAAUGAAAAGGUUGCAAAUGCUAAUGAUGGAAGUAGAAGGGCUACAGGUCGUGCUGAAGUCAAGAGUUGGUAUGUUUGUGAUGUUGCGAAUAAAUUUGAUUCUAGGGACUGAUUCGAAAGAUUUAAAUGAAGUUUAGGUGGCUUGGAGUUGGAGAUAAAUGCGAUGUCUUAUUUAGUAUAUAAUUUAUAGUAUAUUGUGAUUUUCUUGAUUAUAGA